GGACGUGCUUCUUCCCAUUCGUCGCCCGGACGACGCUUAAUUUGUCCCAUCCAUCCUUGCUCAUUUUAGAUUCUCCAUUUCUUUUCCGGAUCAUAUCACUAGCUACCUCUCCGAUCUCGCCAGACGGUGCGACGAUCGUCUCGGGGACGGUAAGAGUAGGGAGAGAUCGACCUAACGAUACCCGUCUAGCUAGGGUUUGUUCUUGAUCUUUUGGUGCACCCAUGGGAAGGGGGAAGGUGGUGCUGAAGAGGAUCGAGAACAAGAUAAAUCGGCAGGUUACCUUCUCCAAGCGCCGCGGUGGGUUGCUCAAGAAGGCGCACGAGCUGUCGGUGUUGUGCGACGUCGAGGUGGCGGCAAUCGUCUUCUCCUCUUCCGGCCGUCUCUUCGAGUUCUGCAGCACUCCAUCCAGCAUGCUGAAGAUGAUCGCGAGGUACCGAAGCUUAAAAAAUGAUGAGUCUAAAGCUACUACUUCAGCAAAUGAGACGCAGAACAAUUAUCAAGAGUAUCUGAAACUAAAAGCGGGAGUUGAAUAUUUGGAGCAUUCUCGAAACAAUCUUCUAGGUGAGGACCUACAACCACUGAGUAUCAAUGAGCUAGAGCAACUAGAGAACCAAGUAGAAAUGUCUGUGAAGCAGAUCAGAUCAACAAAGAUGCAAGUAAUGAUCGACCAGCAAUGCGAUCUUAACUGCAAGGAACAAAUUUUGCAGGAUGCUAAUCGAAAUCUUAGAAAGAAGGCGCAAGAAGCUCUUAUCACUGUUGAGGCUGAACCUUCUCAACCAGCAAUAAACGACCGAACUUUACAAAUCGGAGGGUCUCCUGUGAGUAAUGCCUUCAUCCCAGGAUGGAUUUGAACAUAUUUCUUACUUCUUAAUAUUACUAUAUUGGAACAUAGAGAUGUCGGAUUGCAUAUUUAUUUUUGUUUUACUCUGCUAUAUAUAGAAGAAUAAUAUGAGCAUGUUAUGUACGCAUGCUCGGAAUCCCAAA